GUCAUUUCAAGUUGUUUGUUAAAAAUAUAGGUGAGAGAAAAAAAAUAGUUUCUUAAACUUUCGUUAUAUUAUUUGCGAUUAUUUAUGUGGAACUUGAGUGUGACACACAGACAAAAUAUAUAUAAUAACAAACGAGUGAAUUGAGCGUUAAAAAAUGCAUUCGGGUAUCUAAUUUGGUGUGUUAUUCAUAAAUUUUCCCAAAUAAAGAAUUCAAGACCUUUAAAUUUUGUUCGAACAGUUUUAGUUAUAUUUAUUUAAAUAAUUGGCAAAUUAUUUAUUUUACUUACAAUUUUUUUAAUAACAUCAAAUAUUGUUUUGACAUUAUUUGUGUUUGAUGAAAUUGUAGAUCUACCUGUAAUAAAAUAGGUAAUGAAAAUAACUUUAAAUUGUGUUCAAAUUUGCAUUUAAAAUUUAGAUGAAAUUGAAACAGUAAUUUUUGAAAUAUAAUUCGAUAAUUUUAUUAGCGUUAGAGAUGUAUUGCUUAGUUUAAAUGAUAUAAUCAUGUUUUCAAUUAAAUAUGUUGGAAAUUGAUGUCUAAGCAGUUUAAAUUAAUCUUUGUGAAAUAAAUAGGAAGGUUUAUUUUAGUAAUGAUUUGUAAUAACUAACCCCAUAUGAAUUAUGAAGCAAAAAUUGUUGGUCUACAAUGGUUCUGGUUUGUUUCAAAGAAAUGAAAAGGAAGAUAACCACAACAACAAGUGUACCUGGAUAUAUGUAACUUUUAUUACAACCAAAAACUAAAGUAUUAAAAAAAUUAGAAAGUAACUUAUUUGGUUUUAAAGCAAUUGCUUAAAAGUAUAUUUGAAAAUAUAAGGUUGAUUUUCACAUAUCAGUGACAUGACAGUGCCGUGGCUGGGACGUGAUUCUACCGGCAUACCUGCAAAUAUUUUUCUAGGAAACUGAGUGUUGUUGUUCACACUCGCCGCAUCUGGAUGUGACAGUGCAGUCAAUGCUGUCACUGUACCGUGAGUGUCAGAUUAGUCCCCGCUAAUAUUUUUAUUAUUUCAUGGCUGCGCCACUUCUGUGUUAUAGUUAAAAUUAAUAAUCAAAUUAAUUUUCAAUUAAUGUUUUUAUUCAAAGUUAAAGAUGAAUGAUGAAAAACUUAUCAAACUAGUGCACAGUUAUCCUGUGCUGUAUGAUAUGUCCAACCCCAAAUAUGUGUACAUGGAUUUGAAGAAUAAAAUCUGGAGCAACAUAGGAGAUGAAAUGAAAAUAGGCCUACCUGGGCAGUCUUGUAAAACCAGAGAUGGGGCAACAUAAGGGACAAUUUUAGGAAGUCUCUAAAGAAAAAUAUUACUGUGAGUGGUCAGAAGGCAAAAUGUGGAAAACUUUACAAAUAUUCGAGCAGCUGAGUUUCUUGAAAAAAAUAUUUCAACACGAGGGAGACCAGGAGCAACAUUGGUGAUGAGCUAGAGAUCGUGAUUAACAUCAUGCCUAAAAAUAUUAAAAAGGCAGAAGCAGAUAAGAUGUAUUAUCAAAGGCAACGUGGGAAUAAACCGCCAAAACAAGCGCCAAAAAGUGCCAGAGAACGGAUGCGAGAGUACAGGGCGCGGAAAAAGAGUGAAGACGACGCUGAUGGAGGUUGGGCGGCUUCAUGUGCUGAAACUGUGCUUCUCCCGGUCGACAUGUCAGGAGGCGGUGUGGCAGUGAAGCAGGAGCCAGGCUCUGGAGAUGACCCGACGUGUGAGCCGCUGGGGGUGGCCGUCACGUACACAGGUGUGUUUCCAUCACUGUGUUAGCUGGGCCAUGUUUCUAGCUUCCACUUUCAACAACUGGUGCCUGCUUUUAUCCAUAACACCUAACGCUCUUUAGGUAUAAUUUUAUGCAAAGAAAAAGAGCAUGAAAAAUGUCAAUGCUGUCCAAUUGAAAUUUUGCUCAGUGCAACUCCAAAUGCACAUUUAGAAUAUGCCGUUGCACUCCGUAAUGUUUCAUGUAGUCAACCUGUUGUCAUGAUUUUUUUAUUUUUAAUUUUUGCAAACUGGACAUCAUGUAGGCUGAAUUUUGUGAAUUUUGAAAAUAAUUUCUUUGUUAUGUAAGUUUUGUAUUUUAAUUGUAUCUAAAUGUAAAUUCUGCGAAAUGUGAAACCUAUUUAUAAUCUAAAGUGAAGUGAAUCAAGAUAUUCAUAUAACAAAAGGAAAAACAUUAAUUUAAAGGACUUUAUAAAAAAUACAUUUUUUGUUUUAAACACUAAUAUUUAAUUACCUUAAUCUUUUUCAUUUACUUGAGAUGUAUUAGUGAUAAUUUUGGAACUAAACCUGUAUUGUUUUCAUUUUUGCUCACCAAGUUUGACAUCUUGUGUCAAUAUCUAUGGUGUAGCUUCUUAAGGGUGUUCCAGUGGUCCGAAUUUCGUGCCUACUUCAGAUUGACUUCGAACUGAUACAUCACUCACAAUAGGGUCAGUCCAUAUCAAGUGGUCCAGCUCUGGUUGCUCGACUAUUUUUAAAAAAAUUCAUAAUUUGAGCCUUGUUAACAUUAUGUAUUGACAGUUUAAAACUGACACAGUUAAAUUUUUAUUCUCACUAUUUUGAUUAUGGCAGCCAUUUUUUUGUCAUGGGGCGCGACAAUUUUUACAUUUACAAGGGUUCAGCUACAUUGCUAUAUCUUGGCUCUGGUAGGCCAUAUCAUGAUGAAACAAAAUCUGAGGGGUUAAGCACAUUUUAAGCUACAAUUCUGAUGACAAACUAUUUUUUUAACAUCACUCAAUCUUGCCAACUUUAAAGGUUGAACUUGUGCCUUAGAAUUGCAAACAUUUGCAUUUUCAUAAAUUUUUUUAAGAGUGAAGGCAGUAUCUGUUGGGCUUCAAAAUAUUUAUGGAUGUGCUUAUGUAAUAGUAGAGUAAAUACAAAUUAUUUGGAGUGUGAGACUUCAAUACUUUUUUUUUUACAAUUUUGUAAAAACCAGUUUUUUCAGAUUUUUGCUUACUUUACGGCUUAAUAUCUCUGGUGGGCAGUUAUCUAAAAAUCUUAAAUUUACACACAAUUAAGUACUCCAUGGUACAUAACUCCUGUAAAAAUUUAGACUUUGAGAUUCAACUGGUUCGGUAGUUACAGCCUUGCCAAACUUGUGUAAAAUUGCAUUUUUUUUUGCAACAAUGAAACUAUAAUAAAUUCUAAUUAUAUUUUUAAAAAUCUUAAUACCCUAAAAUUGGCAUUUACUAUGCAAUUGAAAAGAGUUCUCCGACUAAGAACAUUAAAAAAAUAUGCCUGAGAUGUUUACCACUGUUUGGAGUGUGCAGGUCUUAACAGGCACGGACUUGCUCUAGUAUGGUCUGGUAUUUGUUCCAUCCUGUUAGUCUGCCAGCAGCUCUGGUAUAGGAAAGGUGGUUUGUGUUUCCAUGAAGGUUUUUUGUUUUUCGGUAUGGAGAAAGAGUGUUCAAUAGGACAUUUAACAAAUGAACAAUGCCACAAAUGUGUUUAUGGUUCAGUGCAACAGGAAUUGAAGAAAAUCUGUGUGUUUAGUUUAGAACAGCAACAGCUAAUAUUUACCAGAGUUUCUAGUGAUGUUAAGUCUGUAUGUAAGUACCAUGAGAUUAAGUAUCUUAUUAAAUAUCACCAUAUAUUUGGCCGGUAUUGCAGUGAUCCUUUACAAAUACAUAAAAAGGCAAUCAAAAAAGGACUUAGGGAAAUACUUCCUGAACACAUGUAUAAAAAAACAAACUACAAUUUACUGCUUGUCCCUGGUAAGUCCUUGUGUCCUACAUGCUACAAAAAAAUAUUUGUGACAGCAAAUGAUGGAACAGGGGACACAUGUGAUUCAGACUUUAUUACAGAGAUUGAAAAGUUGGGAAAAGUAGACAAUGUAUGUACUCAAUUAGGGGUUUCGCCAGCAUCUAAAAUAAGGAAAUUUGGUUUAGAUAAAAGACCACAAGCAAUAGCUGACAAGAUCAGUAAAGUUUCAAAUGUUUUGAAAAGAAAUCUUGAGGAAUCUUUUGAUGAAGUGAUGGAAAACAGAGAAGCAAGUGAAGAGUCUGUAGAAGAGUUUGACGAAUUAAUCAAGAAACUGAAGGAUAAAUGUGCUGUUGCAGGAAAAGAAAUGAAAGUGAAAAUAAUUAGUUUACUUCCAAAUUCAUGGAGUCGACUAAGAAUAGCUCAAGAGCUCAAUGUAUCUGAUCGUUUAGUAAAACUGACAAGAGACCUAGUGAAAGAUCAGGGCAUUCUACCAGAGUUGGGAAAGAAAAAGGGUUUUGGCAUUCAAUCAGAGGUGGUUACUACAGUCCGUGAAUUCUAUGAAAGUGAUGAAUACAGUUGUCUUUGUCCCGGAAAAAAAGACUGUUUAUCUGUAAAAAUAAAUAACAUGAAAUGUCAAAAGCAGAAGAGGCUGGUGCUUUGCAAUUUGAAUGAAUUGUGUGUGGAAUUUAAAUCUAAACAUCCAGACUGUAGAAUUGGAAGAUCAAAAUUCAUUGAACUCAGACCUAAGUGGUGUGUCACAGCCGGAUCAUCGGGAACACACAAUGUUUGUGUUUGUACUUAUCAUCAGAAUGUUAAGCUAAUGGUUGACGGUGCAAAGCUUAUGAAAGAUUACAAAGACCUACUUGCUAUACUCGUUUGUGAUAUGAGUAGUUACGAGUGUAUGAUGGGCAAAUGUGUUAAAUGUCCAGGAAGUGAAGCCCUAGUAUCUCUGUUUGAUGAAUUUGAAGAAAGUGAUGCCAUCCCAGACAACAUAAUUUUUCAACAAUGGACCACAACAGAUAGAGCUGAAAUGAUAACUGUUAUUCAGCCAAAAGAAGAAUUCUUUCUGUCCCUUAUUGAAAAACUUGAUUCACUUAAAACUCAUCAUUUUAUAUCAAAGAUUCAAAGUCAGCAUUUGAGAGAGAAGAAGGAGAAACUUAACGAAACAGAGUGCAUUGUUCUUGCAGACUUCGCAGAAAACUUUACAUUUGUUAUCCAAGACGAGAUUCAGAGCUACCACUGGGUAAAUCGCCAAGCAACUGUUCAUCCUUUUGUGUAUUAUUACAAAGAAAACGAUAAACUUCUAACCCAAUGUGUUUGUGUAAUCAGUGAUCAUUUCGACCAUAACACAACAACCGUGCAUACAUUUCAAUCUCAUCUUAUGAAACACUUAAAAGACACUGUUCCUUCGGUUCAACAUAUAAUUUACUUCUCAGAUGGAUCAUCAAGUCAGUACAAAAAUAAGAAAAAUUUAAUUAAUGUCUGUCACCACAAGAAUGAUUUCGGUCUUAGUGCUGAGUGGAAUUUCUUCGCAACAUCACAUGGAAAAAAUGCAUGUGAUGGUGUUGGAGGAACAACAAAAAGGGAAGUAACAAAGGCAAGUCUUCAAAGAACAGUCAAGGAUCACAUUCUUUCCCCUGAAGAUAUGUAUAUGUACUGUACACAGACUAUUAAAGGUAUCAAAUAUAUAUAUGUUAAAGAAGAGGAAAUUACCGCUCGACAAGAAGAGUUGAAACCUAGGUUCGACAACUGCCAACGGCUCCCUGGAACACGAAAAUUUCACCGCUUUGUUCCUCUCACCGAGAUUAUAAUGAGAUGCUAUGCAACGUCCAAAUCAGAAGAGUAUGAGGAUCUUCCAGUUUCAACCAAGUCCAUCCCCAUGAAUCUUCGGAACAAUGACAUUAUCGCCUGUGUGUAUGACGAACAGUGGUGGCUAGGAGUCAUUGAAGAAGUUAAUUUUGUGAACAAUGAUAUUUACGUAAAAUUUUACAACCCAGCUGGACCUAGAACAUCAUUUAAGAUGUCAUGUGCAGACAGAGUGUGGGUGCCGCUUAAGAAUGUGUUGAGGAAGCUCAGUCCAUCAGAGCUAUCCACAGCAACUGGACGUUCACACAACAUUUCAGCAUCAUUAUCUGAAGAAAUUUCAAUGCUGUUUAACAAACAUAAGAAAUAAGGUACAAAUUAAAAUCGUAAAUCAUUUGUCUGUUUAAAAAUGUGAUAUAGAAUGACUGUUAUAAUUAAUAUUUUUGUGCAUAGUAUACAUGUGUUUUGGCAACAAACUUUAGUGUUAUACUUUUUAUGACUUAGUACAGCACUUACAGCAUAUAUAUAAAAUAAUUAAGAAGGUAUAUAAAAUUACUAGGGUUGCUUUUAUUUAUGCAAAUAAAUAAAAAAAAUUACGAGUUUGGCAAGGCUGUAAAAGUCUGAAUUUUUGCAGGAGUUAUGUACCAUGGAGUACUUAAUUGUGUGUAAAUUUAAGAUUUUUAGAUAACUGCCCACCAGAGAUAUUAAGCCGUAAAGUAAGCAAAAAUCUGAAAAAACUGGUUUUUACAAAAUUGUAAAAAAAAAAGUAUUGAAGUCUCACACUCCAAAUAAUUUGUAUUUACUCUACUAUUACAUAAGCACAUCCAUAAAUAUUUUGAAGCCCAACAGAUACUGCCUUCACUCUUAAAAAAAUUUAUGAAAAUGCAAAUGUUUGCAAUUCUAAGGCACAAGUUCAACCUUUAAAGUUGGCAAGAUUGAUUGAUUUUAAAAAAAUGGUUUGUCAUCAGAAUUGUAGCUUAAAAUGUGCUUAACCCCUCAGAUUUUGUUUCUUCAUGAUAUGGCCUACCAGAGCCAAGAUAUAGCAAUGUAGCUGAACCCUUGUAAAUGUAAAAAUUGUCGCGCCCCAUGACAAAAAAAUGGCUGCCAUAAUCAAACUAAUGAGAAUAAAAAAUUAACUGUGUCAGUUUUAAAUUGUCAAUACAUAAUGUUAACAAGGCUCAAAAUAUCAAUUUUUUUAAAAUUGAUGAAGCUUCCAAUAAAUUUUUUUUUGGACCACUUCAUAUGGAUUGACCCAAUAGCAUGAAAACUGAUAGCCGAACACCCUGACAGCGCUGUAUAAGACUCAGGGUCGCGCCGCUGGGCAUUCAGUUGCGAGACAGCCUUCAAAGUGGGAGGGUGUGUCUCUCCGCUCCCGAACAGUGGGUAGACGACGCGCGGAAGAAAAUCGACCGUGUCUCUCCUAGCGGAGGGAUAGCUAACUGCUUGUAGGCUGGCAGCAGGUAGUCGUGGCCCCCGAAGGGGAGGGGGAGGAAGUGGCAGACAGAGACAAACAGCUCGGAGGCUCAAAACCCACUCCUCGCUGAACUCAAUCGCCUUGCUGGUGCCCGCCGCCCGGCUCAAGUGUCGGCAGGGAGCGCAGCGUUACCCGUGUUCAAGCUACGCAGGCAGCGAAUAAUCUGGAUGCCAUUUCGUAUACUUUCUAGAUUCUCUUUAUUGCUUCUUCAUCCACAUGCAGGCAUUAUAUAUCGCAGUCUGUCCGAUAUUAUAAGCAUAUGCUUCUAUAGGCCUAAAUUAUUUAUUAGCUUUUUGUCUGCAUUCAAAGUUAAAGGUAAUCAAUACACGCCUAGAUUGCAGAAGGAAUGCGAAAGCAAAUUUUUAUAUCUCUCGGAUUUGUUGGUAUAUAAUAUUUUAUUUUAUUAGCGAAAAGAAAACGCGUUGCUGUUAAAUAAAACUGGCUUAUUUGUCCGAAGGGGCUUGAUCGAUUAGACCGUUUUAUUUGAUCUGAAGAAAUAACUUAUUCAAGACUUAAAUCACACGGAUCAAAAUUGAAAUGUUUCUGCAUCAGAUAAUUUUAUUAACGCUUUCUUAAUUUUACUCAUCAGAAAACUCAAUGCACCAUUCAUUCACUUUACACACAUCAUAAAACCUGUAAGCACAAAAUAGCUGUGAAUCGAUUCAGCAUUUGUUGAUAAAUCUUUAUAAAACCAAAACAGUUUUGCCGUUAUCUUCCUCAUGUUAUAAAACCAAGCAGAAGACUCACAGAAAUUCCGGCGAGGAGGCCGAACCGGCAUUGGUUCGAGACUCAUCUCCAGCAAGACUGAAAUUUAGUAGCACCGAGUCUGUCAAGUAGUUCGGAGCCCACUAUAAUCCUGGCGGUCUCGUCACAUCUAGCCUAUGUGAGCAGUGUGAUGCUGAUACUUUAAACUUUUUGUGACUUUUUUUAUUUAUUUUUUGAUUAUGGGUUUAUAAUGUUACUUGUUUUAUGCAAUAAAGCUAUUAAGAGGACGUGCACAAUUUAACACGAAAAUGCAUAUUAUCGUUAUUUAAUGUAAUAAAGAAAUUGGAGAUAUUAUUGAUGUGCCAGUCACAUGGUUGUACAAUAGCACGCAGACAUCUCUCCACGGCAGUCCGGGUUUCCGGACAAAUACCGCUUGGGAUGUUUGGUGAUUGAGAGACGUAGUAAACGCUGUCGAGUCUCAGUGAGUCUUCUUCAAGUGUCUACUUCCCCCCCGCAUCAUUUGCAUCUCGCCGCUCAUCCAGUGACGGUUUGCAAACAAUAUAGAUUUUGAAGUCGUCGCGACGACACCGAGAUAGUGUGGCACAUGGACAAUAUUUGAAUCGAUAUAAGUUAACUGCGUUUUACAAUUAAACAAUUGUUCAUAAAGUUCUUGUUUUGCCCAAAAAAGUGUUAAUAGUAUUAUUUUUGAUAAAUUCCUUACAUAUGUUAUAUUUCAAUAUGUGUUUCUGCAAGUGUAAAUGUAUCACGCAUUUUUAUUGGUUAAGUGUAAGAAAAUACAAGUUUUGCCUCAACGUCGCCAAGUAAAAAGAGACAUACUAAAUAGAUAAACAAAUAAAUGCACUAAACUCAAAAUUCCUCUUCAGUGAAGGGCGUGCAGCACACAGAUAACCGUGCACACACGAGGAAAGUAAGCUACCGAGUUGUUUCCUACUUAUUCUGGGGAUAACUGGCAAGGUAAAUACAGAAGAUAUGAAAUUUUUUUCGAAAAAAUAAAUUGAAGCUACUUAAACAACUACACAGUCAACAAAAAUUAAAUAACUAUGAAAAUAUGUGAGACAAAAUGCAUGACUAUGAGUAGAAAAAAAAAUAUUUUGUGUAUUCAUCACUUUUAUGCAUAUAUUUCAACACCUACACAGCCACUAACGAUAAUAUCACAAAUGUGAGUACAUUUUCUGAUCCUCACUCACGGGGAAAUUCUAUAAAAAAAAGUUGGCUGCGGUAUUCCCAUAAAAUUCUCUUAGUAUACCUAUAUUUUAUUUCGUACAUAAUGUCGGUUUAAAGAAUUUAAAAUAAAGUAAAUGUCAUUAUGUAAUUAUUGCUAUGCAUAGUCUUUUUGUGAAUCUUUUCCCUGAGAACUGGUUACUGAGACCAUCAAAAUAUCUAUACGCCAUGAUCUGCAGAGUAUAUAGUCAUAUUGAACACUUUCUCCAUAGCCCAAAUCUAUAUAUAUAUAUAUAGUAUUCCCUGCAUAUUGUCCUACGAUAUUUUAAACUAUUUUUACAAGUUGUGACAUUGAACAGUACCUAUAGUUACUAACAUUUUAUAUGGCAGCUAUGAAAUUCUAGCUCAUUCUCUAAACCCAUGCCAUGUGAGAAAUAUCUUUACUAAUACGUUCGUUCUGUUAAUUUUAUAACGAACUAAAACUAAAAAAAAUUAACAACUAAACAGUCAGUAUUUUACAACUAAUUUAUCUUUGCGAGGGCUUUUAACUUUCCGACUCAAUAGUAGCAACAAUUCAAGGUUUUGCACACAAAAAUACCACAAUUCCGUUAAUAUGUAUUAUUUCGUUGUACUAAGCGUACCUUAUGAGUAAAUAAAUAAGAAAUAUAUGCAUGUUACAGUUUAUGAUGCGUGAUUUAAUAUUUUAUAGUAUAUUUUUUAAUUAAGCUAAGCAAUUACUUAACUGAAUAAUACAGGCAAUAUCACUUAUGAAAUCAAACCAAUAAAAACAACUUUUAAUUAUAUAGUAGGGAUGGGACGAAUCCACAUUUUGGUCGAAUCCGAAUCCUUGUUCGAAUCCUCAGUUUUUGUCAUCGAAUCUCGAAUCCCAGUCCCACACUAAACUUCACCACAUGUUAUUAAAAAAAUCACACAUUUAUUUUAAAAAAUUACAUAGGCCUAUGUAUUAAAAAAAUCACAUGUGUAUUUAUAAAAUUAUAAAAUAAGUGCAUAGUGUAUACACCUGAUAUAAAAUAGAGACAAAUAACCUCAAAAACCACACAUGUAAGUGUGCAUCUGUCUAAUUCUCUGUUAAAUUAAUCCUUCCUGUGUUUUCAAUAAAAUAUGUUUGUAUAACGAACACCAUUUAAAAAAAGUUACGUUUUUUUCUGCAAUGUUAUAUUAUUGAAGGUUGGAAAUGAUAGAGUAGUUAUGCUAAUUGACAAAAUGCAGCGUAUUUUAUCUUAAGUUUGUGCUAUUUCCAUUACCUUUAUAAUAUAGUCUAGGUAUACAAUUUUCUAGAGCUGGACGAACCUCAGUUCUCUGGUUUCGAACCGAGCCGAACCGAACCUCAUACAGAAAUAAUUGUUUUGAAUUAAAAUGAACCGAUGACCAGCAUUUUGGUCUUUAACUGAGUGGUGAAAAAGAAAGGUUCUCCAGCCAUAUGUAAAAUUAAAACAUUAUAUAGCUUAGCUUAUAUAUAUACCAAUUUUUAAUUAAUGAAGAAGUUACAUCUAAAUUUCAAAAAGACUAUCUUCCUUUUUCAGUGUACACUAACCUUCAUUUAAAAAAAAUAUAAAGAUGACGAACAUUCAGCAUAAGGCCACAUAACAUAUUUUUGUGGUAGACAUAACCUAACAUUUUUAAUAAGUAAAACUUUUUAAUAGGACAUCAAAAAAAAGGCGAAUGUGAAUUAAGUUACCUAUCUACAUAUUUUUGUGGUAGACAUAACCUAACAUUUUUAAUAAGUAAAACUUUUUAAUAAAACAUAAAAAAAAGGCAAAUGUGAAUUAAGUUACCUAUCUACAUUACAAAACCCGCUGACUGCAGUUGCUGUUUUCUUGGAAUAAUGCUGCUCGUCAGAAGAAACUUUAUACGGUUUUUUAUUUUUUAUUUAUUUAUUUUAUUUAUAGUUGCGUUCCGUCGACCAUGAAUGAGCAAUUGCUCAAUGGUGUAGAACAUGUCAGUAUAUACAAUACAAUACAAAACAAAAUAAAAA